AUGAGUAUAGACGAUAAUUCGCCAAGUGAGAGCGUGCUCGGAAGUCAAACCCCAGGUCAGGUAGAGGAGUCAGUCCCGAUCUCCGAUCGGGAUGCCGAGAAGGAUGCAGUUCCGGGGCGGGGAAUCACGGGCUUCCGCUGGCUGCUCGUCUGCAUUGCAGUUUUCUCAGCCAAUCUGCUCUAUGGCUUGGACAAUACCAUUGUAGCAGACAUCCAGGGUCCCAUUGCGGGUGACUUCAACGAGUACACGCGGCUGGGCUGGCUCGGGGUGGGCUUUACCUUAGGAUCGGUGGUGUUUAUUCUUCCCCUGGGCAAAGCUUACGCCAUUUUCGAUACGAAAUGGCUCUUCCUUGGCUGUUUGACCAUGUUUGCGGCCGGAAGUGCCCUCUGCGGCGCAGCCCCCAGUAUGAAUGCCAUCAUUGUCGGUCGCGUGUGGGCGGGAGCCGGUGGGGCGGGCAUGUACCUAGGUAAUCUGAAUCUGAUCACCAUUCUGACAACUCCCACGGAGCAACCCGUGUAUGUGGGGCUAGUUGGAUUGAUCUAUGGCACUGGCUGUAUUCUGGGUCCCAUCAUUGGUGGUGCUUUUUCUGAUAGUUCAGCCACCUGGCGAUGGUCAUUUUACCUCAAUUUGGUCAUUUUUGGAGUCAUGUCACCCAUCUAUGUAUUCCUUCUGCCCUCCUUGCCCCGCCCAGCAGGUGAAGGCCGCAGUUUUAUUAAGAAGCUUGUGGAGCUGGACUGGGUGGGCACGGUCCUGUCUGCGGGGAUGCAUAUCUCCAUUAUCCUGUUCAUUGUAUUUGGUGGCGUCGAAUGGUCCUGGACGGAUGGGCGGAAUAUCGCGCUGUACGUGGUCUCCGCAGUCUGCACCAUUGCCUUCGUUCUCAGCCAGUACUACUGUGUGGGGACCAACAAAGAGAACCGACUGUUCCCCGGAGAAUUCUUGCGGGACCCCACAAUGAUCCUACUCUAUGUCAUCAUGGCCUGUGGCGGUGCUGCCCUCUUCGUGGCGGUUUAUUACAUCCCGCUAUACUUUCAGUUUGUCCACGGCGACUCCGGCAUCAUGUCGGCAGUGCGGCUGCUGCCAUUUGUCUGCUUCUACGUGGCUACCAUUUUGCUGUGCGGAUAUGUCAUGCCCAAAACCGGCUUCUUUAUCCUCUGGUAUCUGCUGAGCGGCAUUUUCAUGCUCAUUGGAUCCGUGUUGAUGUACACUGUGAAAUUAGAUACCAGUGCUGCCAAAGUCUACGGGUACUCUAUUCUGAUGGGACUGGGUAUGACCACCACGCAGGCCGCCUACGCAGUGGGCCCGACCAUUGUGACUCCCGACCGGGUGGCCGAGUGUCUCCAGUUCAUGAAUAUUGGCCAGGGCCAGAGUCAGCUGCUGGGAUUGGCCAUCGCAAGUGCCAUUUUCCAGUCUAGGACCCUCAACGGUCUCACUGCCCUGCUGGGGAAUAAGGGCUACUCCAACGUGGACAUCCAAGGUGCUGUCGCCGGCGCUCAGAGCACCCUGAUGGAGCGGCUGCCCCCGGGCUUAAAGGAGCAAGCACUGGAGGUGAUUGUGAGUUCGAUCAGUGAUGUCUAUGUAAUGGCAAUUUCGGCAGGGGCUCUCUAUGUGGUUGCAUCUUGCCUCCUGCCUCGCCGUCGGUUCUAG